CUCCACCCCCGUGCCCGGGAUGUUGGGCCCCCGCGGCGUGACGCGAGCACGGCGGCUCCGCCCCCUGCGUCUCUGGCCUCGCUGGCCUUGGGGGGAUGGUUUCAUCAUGGCGUCAAUGCAGAAACGACUACAAAAAGAACUGUUGGCUUUGCAAAAUGACCCACCUCCAGGAAUGACAUUAAAUGAAAAGAGCGUCCAAAAUUCAAUUACACAGUGGAUUGUAGACAUGGAAGGUGCACCAGGUACCUUAUAUGAAGGGGAAAAGUUUCAACUUCUGUUUAAGUUUAGUAGUCGCUAUCCAUUUGACUCUCCUCAGGUCAUGUUUACUGGUGAAAAUAUUCCCGUCCAUCCUCAUGUGUAUAGCAAUGGUCAUAUCUGUUUAUCCAUUCUAACAGAAGACUGGUCCCCAGCGCUCUCAGUCCAGUCAGUUUGUCUUAGCAUUAUUAGCAUGCUUUCCAGCUGCAAAGAAAAGAGACGACCGCCAGACAAUUCCUUUUAUGUGCGAACAUGUAACAAGAAUCCAAAGAAAACAAAAUGGUGGUAUCAUGAUGAUACUUGUUGAUGCCACUGUUAUCAUCCUCGUAGCAGAAGAUAGUCCUACUGAGAAAAUGAGCACUUUGAUCAUUCAGUCUUUGAACUUUAACCUUUGACUGGAAGUGACCUAUAGGCAAUGAAGACUACUUCCUUUUACUGCAUUUUUACUCGUGUGCAUUCUGGGCGCAUGUUGAUCGCUGGCUCUGUCCAGGCAACUGACAUGCUUUUAUUAGUCAUACAGUAUUAAUGCAGGUGUCAGGAAAUGUCAAAUAUAAUUCCAUUUUUUAUUUUUAUUUUUUUAAGCUUUGGAAAAGUUCCAGGUCCUCAUGUAUUGUGCAAUAACAGUGACUUCCUCGGUGGUUUGGGGAUGUUCAUUGCCGGCAAUGGACGUUGUAACAGGAAGAGUUUUCUUAACUCCUGCCACUCGGUGAUUAAUGCAUGAUAGGGCCUAUGAGAUGAAUUUUUCGGUUAUCGUGGGAUUAUAAGGACAGUGAGGGAUCCAACAUUACAUUGAAAGUCACCCCAACUGUUUAUAUUUGGAUUCUAUGCACUGUGAUCCUAAGGCAAACAGCAUGAAAUAACAUGCAUCUUUACAGGACCGUAAGAAAGAUCAUUGCAUAUUUAUUUAAUUGUUUAUAUCUGCUGUCAAAUUGUUUUGACAUGGAAAGUUUUCAAGGAACAUUGGCAGAGAGGUACAAUAUGUUAUCCCUAUGGUGAAAAUCAGUUCAUUUGUUGUAUAUAGUCCUCAAUCUCUGAAGUACAGGUGUGAAUAAUAUAGGGUGUGAAUGGUUUAACCAAGGCUUUAUUUUGGAAGUAAAAGUAUGGCAGUGAUGCUUGAAUUACUGCCACUCAUCAUUUGGGCCUGUUAUUUUUUUCCCAAGUAUAUUACACUCUGUUACUUCCUGCUAGCCAUCAGCAUGAGCCCUACUGCCUAAACACUAUUUCAUUUAUUUAUGUUUGGAAAUCCAUAAACAUUUUUGUUUGUAAUCUUGUUUCUUUUGUUACAUUUUAAGUUGUUUGAAUGUUACAAUACUUUAAUUGAAAGACUUUUGUCAAGUUUUUUUCUUGUAAAUUUUCUUUACUUGUAUCAUCUUGUCCUUCAAUCCUGUACCCUAAAAUGAGAAAUACAUUUUUGACAGAGGCUUAAUGUUUUAACAAAAGAGUGUGGACAUUUUUAUUUUAAGAUUUUGGCAAAAGAACACUAUAAAAUGAUAUGUUUGCUUAUUUGUCUCACGCAACCAUGCAGGUUUUCUUGGAAGAACUUGUUUUCUUUGUUGAAAAGAUUUUGCUUAUAGCUAGAUGAGGUUUUUCUAUCUGUCUGUACCUGUCUGUCUGUCUGUCUAUCUAAUCUAUAAAACAGUUGUUGGAAAGGUUCCAUUCUAAGUACCAUGUACCAUGUAAGUUAAUGAUGCUACAACUAGGUCUUUUUAAGAAGCAAUUAAUGUAUUUUAUAAAUUACCUUUUCACAUAUGCAAGAUCUGUUUCUAUGACAAUGUUAUUUUUACUAAUGCCUUACUGUUGCACUCUUUUUGAAUAUCCUGCAGUGAAUAUAUAUUAAUCAAUUUGGGCUUAAAAAUUAAAGCCAAUUGGCUGAAAGGUCUGAUAUAUGUACCCCCAUAAAUUCGUCCAAUUGAUAAUUGGUAAAGAAUAUUUUAAAAAUUGUUUUUAAUCUCUGUGUAGAUGACAUUUUUGUAGCUUUGUACCUGUUGUUAAUUAAGGGCAUAUAAUUUUACACUCUAAAAGUAUAACUGCUGAACUCAGGGGUGGGUAGACUUCAAAAAUAUGUCUGCUGUAGAAAUAACUUGAAAAAAAAUUAAAACCAUGGCCAGCCACCAAAUUGUGGACACUGUUUAUACUGCUAGGUAGCAAUGAUCAUUUUUUAAAGAUUAUAAGCAUUUCUCUUCUGUCUUGACUGGAUGUACACAAGUUCUCACAGUGAUCAUUGUUAGUUUUAUUAGUUGACCUAUUUAACACAAAAAAUCUUUAAAUUCUUAGUUUUUCACUGCUUCCGAUAUGAAAUUGCAGCUGUAAAUUAGGUGUUCCCGUGUUUUAUGUCACUGCUCUAAAAUACUAAUUAACGUGAUCUUUUUUCAGAGUGGGGUGGGGUGGCACAGGGACUUCUCUGUGUGUAGUCCUCUUACUAAAAUCCUUUCUUAAGAAGUGACCUGUGACAUUUAUUCACCAAAGGAAUCAGUACACCAGGUCAGGCAUCACAGUGCUAUAGUGUAGAGGAAUAGCUUCGGUUGUGUUUUUAUAAGUGUUUUAAUAUUACCUGUGUAUAUACAGAUACUAUAAAAUAGAUUCAAAUGAAAUGGGGGGAAAUAGCGGAAAACCUAGUAAUUUUAGUUCGCUUUUGAUUCCAAGUGAAGAAAAUAAGAAUAUAUAUAUAUAAGACAUAGGAACAUCAACUGUUAAUAAUUCAUAAUCAGAUUAACAUUACUCCCUUGAAUUUAGGAGUCAUUGAAAAUUCUUACACUUAUAUUUAAUUAUUGACAUUAUUAAAAGACAUAAGUUGUAUAUCUGGGUCAUUUUUCAGUUGAGGGCAAGUUGUGACUUUCAGUAAGAGAUAUUUUGCUGUAACAUAAUAUUGAAAUAGAAUUACAAGAAAUUUACAUGAAAUAUGCUGAAUUCAUUCCCUCCUCCCUGCAUUCCUGUCAUUGAGUACUAGUCUACAACAUUACGUUUUACCACUUAUGGGCUGUGUUUGUUUCUCUUUCUCUCACAUAUUUAUUUUAGGUCAUUCUGUUUUGCCAAUUUUUUAAAGAUGUGAUACGUUCAGUUCCUUGUUUUUGCAGUUAUGAACUUGGUGCCCUCAUAAAUACAGAUAAAUGCUGUGGGUUUUAUGGAGAAAGGUUGUUUUCAGUUUUGUGUUAGAAUUUUAUAAAGAUACAUUCUGUAGCUGUUCUCUCCAGGAGUUAAUAUUUACCUUUAAAGAGUGUAUAAUAUGUAAUUAUCCCUUUAGCCAGCGGAGAAAUCAAGAAAGGGAUGGCAGCUUAUAUGAAGUCAACAGUUCAACUGGAGAAGGAUGAUAAUCCUUGUUGCUUUGAGUUGGAAUACAGGUAUCUGUUAUGAAGUAUAAAGUAACUAGAGUGAUUUACUAUUUUCUCCUUCUGAUCUUAAAUAUAUGCAAAUACACACGUCAUUAGUUACCUAAAUGGUUAGUAACUUCUUGAGAUUCUAAAAGAGGUAUCUAGUGACUGGUUUGUUCCAUCAAAGAUAAAUUGACAGUUAUGGAAAUGAUUAGUGGUAUGAAAAUGGUGUAUAAAUAUGCUGUUUCUGGUAAUGAAGUCUUCUUUUAAAAGCCUAUUGUUUUUGGGAAUUGCGAUAUUUAAAACUUCCUAGAAGUAGAAUAGAAGUGGAGGUACUGUGCAUUCAAAGGUUUUUUUUUUUUAAAUAAAAAUUCAGUGUCACUAGGUCUCAGCUUUCAUGGUUAUAUGUCUCAUUUUUAUUAGUUUUUUUUUUGUAUGUCUUAGUUGAAAGGUUAAAGUUUGUAAUUAUGUUUAAUUGUAUAUGCAUAUAAAUAGGUUUUCAGGAAGUUCCUUUCUGAAGGUUCAUUAUCAGUCUGCAGGGUUGAGGUGUCACUCAGUGGCCCCUGCCCUGGAGAGGCCCUGAGCUGUGUUUGCACCAGCCCCAGAGCCCAGCAGACCAUGCCUUCCAGUUGUGUGUCUCCAGGACCUCUGAUGCCUUGCCAUAGUUGUGGUCCUGAAGGUGUCUGCUGCAGCAGCUGCCCCACCCUGUGGUCCUCCUUAGUCUUAGCGGCCUCCUUUGUCACCUCCUCACCCUCUUCUCACAGAAUCUCCUUGUCUUCCACAGUUUCCUUCUCUGACUUAGAAGUUAGCUUUUUGUUUUUGUUUAAAGUUAGGGAAUCUAGGGGAGAAAGAUUGUUAGAAUUACAUCUGAAACUUUUUAAGAAAUUAAAAAAACUUUGUAUAAAUAAAAGUUUUUUUUUAAUACCUAACUUCAUCUCAUCAGCAGGUUGCUAAGUGUACCGAGUAAUUGACAGAAAUGAGCUGUGAGCUGUGGUUGAAUUUCUUAGUAGUGACAUGGAGGGUUUCUACUUGUUUCCUUCUAGAUAGGGACUCUUCCAGAGUUUACUAUUUCUCACAUCAAUUACGUUGUUCUUACAUUUAAAUGUGGUAUUUAGCUGAGAUUAUUUGUGGGUGACUUUUCUUUUUUUCUCAGCAUAAAUUGUUCAUGAACUCAAAGACAGGACUUUAGGUAUCACUCUCUUCAGAGGCACAUAGAGUCUGAAUGUUUCAGACUUGGCUCUGUGCCAGUGCUGUGAUCUGGUAAGUGAGCUAAUAGUCGUAAUUUCAGGUCUCCGAUUUAUUCUUGGUACUUAUGUUUGGUUAUUCGUCUCUGAGUGACUAUAAGAUUGUGGAUAAAAUGGUGCUGCUCUGCUUUGAUUGUGUGGAAGGAAGGCCCGAGCAGACGAAAGUCUCGCCAUCCCUCGGAUCUCUGUUGCACGUGUGAAGAGGUGACAGGCAGGGAGAGUCGGGUCUUGCUCUCUCUGGGCACACGCUCUGGCUUUUCAGGACUAGUUGGUGCAGUCAUUUAGUUUUUUUCUCAGACAAAGCAUACCGAAAGCUCUUCCUGGACUUUGUGUGACACAUAACUUGUCAUAGUUUCUGGUCUACAGAAAGACUGAACAACUCCACUGUCUUAAAGCCUGAAAGGGGACUUUGAAGGCAUUUUGAGAUUUUUAUCAGAUGCCAAGAAGGUGCAAGUCUCUUCAUAAUAACAGCAUAUUCAAAUAAAUGUAAUUUGCCAGGCACACAGUAAAGAAUUAUUUGAGUGUAAUUAUCUAGUAGUCAAGAACUAAUAAGUACAUAUUUGGGUCAAAUUGAAUUUGUUCAUUUUGUUGCUGCCAUAAUUCAUUUGGUUCACAAUGUAGAUUGUGUAUUUGAUUAGGAAUGGAAGCUCAUGUUUGAGGAUUUGAAUAGGGUGGGUAUAUAUAUUUUAUAAAUACAAAUUUCAAAAAUAUGUAACUACUUUUUAAAUAGAAUGUAAAUGUUAAGACAGACAAAUUUGUUAUAUAUUUUUCAAUACAUGUACCAGCCUUCUGUUAGUUGAAUAUAGGUUACUUUGUGUGCUUUAUGGAACUGAAUAACUUUUAAUAAUAAAGCCGUUGUCAUUUGCUCUCCCCA